GUGUGUGCGUGUGUGUGUGAGAGAGAGAGAGAGAGAGAGAGAGAGAGAGAGACUAAGUGUGAGACUGAGUGAGUGAGCGUCUCCAAAGUUUGACCGGUCUCCCGUUUAUUCUCUCCUGCUGCACGCUACAUUGUUGACCAAACAACCAGACAGACCUGUGGACACAGGAGGGACGCACACACAGACACACGGAGAGAGGGAGUCUUGGGGACCCUGACCCCGACGUGUUUUAUGAGGACUCGUGUUGUCUCCGCUGGAGUGGUAACCCAUGAAACAAAGAGUAACUUUACUACUGUAGCUCCACACCGACUCACCGACUCUCUGACUGCUUGUGCCCCAUCCUGCAGACGACCAGCAGGAACAGCAUGGAGUGAAACUCUUCGGGUCUGCUUCCCCCUUUUUUUUUUUUUUUUUUUGGGUUGAGUUUGGAAUCGCACUAACAACACAUGAGUUGGAUUGACGGGACGCGCGGUUUCCAUACAGCAGAUCCUCGGGGAUUAAAAUAACCAGGGCAAUGGAUAAUUUCUUCACGGAGGGUGAUCGGGUGUGGUUACGGGAGGAUGAGCAGUACCUUCCCAGCACCGUGUCCUCGUGCUCUGGAGGGGUUGUCGCCUUUGCCACAGACUAUGGCCAGGUGUACACCUACAAGCAGAAUGCCCUGAGCAGACAGAAGGUGCAGCCCAUGCACCACAGCAGCGUCAGAGGGGUGGAGGACAUGGCGGCGCUGGAGGACCUCCACGACGGCGCGAUCAUGCACAACCUCUUCCUGCGCUACCAGCAGAGACACAUCUACACGUACAUCGGCUCCAUCCUGGCGGCGGUGAACCCUUACCAGUCGCUCGCCGGCCUGUACGAACGGCCGGCCGUGGAGCUUUACAGCCGACACCACAUCGGCGAAAUCUCCCCGCACAUCUUCGCCGUGGCCAACGAGUGCUACCGCUCGCUGUGGAAGAGGCAGCAGAACCAGUGUGUCCUGAUCAGUGGAGAAAGCGGCGCUGGGAAAACAGAAAGCACCAAGCUGAUCCUGAAGUUCCUGUCGGCCAUGAGCCAGCAUUCCCUGGAGGUCUCAUCCAGAGACAGGACGUCCCAUGUGGAGGAGGCGCUGCUGGAGAGCAGUCCCAUCAUGGAGGCCUUUGGAAACGCCAAGACCGUCUACAACAACAACUCGAGCCGCUUUGGGAAGUUUGUCCAGCUGCAUUUCAGCCAGAAGGGCAACAUCCAGGGAGGCCGGAUUGUUGACUACCUCUUGGAAAAGAACCGAGUAGUCCGACAGAACCCAGGGGAGAGAAACUACCACAUCUUCUACGCCCUGUUAGCAGGAACCAACACGCAGCAGAGAGAGGCGUUUGGGUUGAGCCAGCCUGACAGCUACCAUUACCUGAGACAGUCCAGCUGCCUCGCUGACAAGACGAUCAACGACCCCGGCACCUUUCAGGACGUCCUGAAUGCCAUGCGAACGAUGCAGUUCACAGAGGAGAACAUCGGGGAGAUCCUGCGCCUCCUGGCCGGGAUCCUGCAGGCGGGGAACAUCGAGUUCAUGACGGCUGGAGGAGCCCAGGUCUCCUCCAAAUCAGCUCUCAGCCGGACGUCCGACCUGCUGGGGUUGAACCCAGAUCAGUUGGCCGAGGUCCUGACCCACCGGUCCAUGAUCCUGAGGGGCGAGGAGAUCUGCACCCCGCUCACUGUGGAACAGGCGGUGGACUCCAGAGACUCCAUGGCCAUGGCACUUUAUUCUCAGUGUUUCAACUGGAUCAUCCGCAAGCUCAACAACCGCAUCAGGGGCAAAGAAGACUUCAAAUCCAUCAGCAUCCUGGACAUCUUUGGAUUCGAGAACUUCGAGGUCAACCGCUUUGAGCAGUUCAACAUCAACUAUGCAAAUGAGAAGCUUCAGGAAUAUUUUAACAAGCACAUUUUCUCCCUGGAGCAACUUGAAUACAACAAGGAGGGCCUGGUUUGGGUCGACAUCAACUGGAUGGACAACGGAGAGUGUCUGGAUCUGAUCGAGAAGAAACUGGGUGUCCUGGCACUGAUGAACGAGGAGAGUCACUUCCCCAAAGCCACAGACGACACCUUACUGGAGAAACUCCACAGCCAGCACUCAAAAAACUCCUUCUAUGUGAAACCACGCGUUGCCGUGCACAACUUUGGAGUCAAGCACUAUGCAGGAGAGGUGUUGUACGACGUGAGGGGGAUGUUGGCGAAGAACAGAGACACUUUCAGAGACGACAUCCUCAACCUGCUGAGGGAGAGUAGGUUGGACUUUGUCUACGAUCUGUUUGAACAUGUGCUGAGCCGAAACAAACAGGACACCCUGAAGAGCACCAAGCACAGACGGCCCACAGUCAGCUCCCAGUUUAAGGAUUCUUUGCACUCCCUGAUGGCCACACUCAGCACUUCCAACCCCUAUUUCGUUCGAUGCAUCAAACCAAAUACACACAAGAUGCCUGACCAGUUCGACCAGACGUUGGUUCUGAACCAGCUCAGAUAUUCUGGCAUGUUGGAGACGGUCAAGAUCCGACGCACCGGCUUCCCCAUCCGGAGACCUUUCCAAGACUUCUGCUCCAGGUACAAGGUGUUGAUGCGGGGCGUGAUGAAGGCGGAUGACCCCAGGGGGAGCUGCCUCCAGCUGCUGCACCUCUACGACAGCAGCAGUGCAGAGUGGCAGCUGGGAAAGACCAAGGUUUUUCUUCGGGAGUCUCUGGAGCAUCGCCUGGAGAAGCAGAGGGAGAUGGAGGUGCUGAGAGCAGCCAUGAUCAUCCAGGCCCACGUCAUGGGCUACAUGGCCAGAAAGCAAUACAGGAAGCUGCUGCAUUGCAUUGUGGUCAUUCAGAAGAACUACCGGGCUUUCUACUGGAGGAGGAAGUUCCUGCUCCUCCGCUGGGCAGCGCUCAGCUUCCAGAAACGUGUGCGAGGCCAGCUGGCCCGCCGGGCUUACAGCCAGCUGCUGGAGGAGAAGAAGAGGAGGGAGGAGGAUGAGCGCUGCAGGAGGAUGGAGGAGGAGAUGGAGAGGGAGAGACAGAGGCUGGAGGCUGAGAGACUCGCCAGAGAGCCUGCAGUAGCAGCUGCAACGUCACCGGACACUGUGGAGGAGCCGGAGUCAGCGGAGGCCCUCCAAGGGGCGUCUGAAGAAGCGGAGGCAAUCCGUCCUCAGGAGGCGUCUCAGGUGGAGGAGAUCCUGCGACUGGAGCGGGAGAUCCAGUCGCUGCAGAGGCAGAAGGAGCGUCAGGAGCUCUCCCUGACCGAAGCGUCCCUCAACCGCCUGCAGCUCCUCCGUGACCAGGAGCUCAGGCGCCUGGAGGACGAGGCCUGCAAGGCGGCGCAGCAGUUCCUCGACUCGCUCAACUUCGACGAGAUCGACGAGUGCGUCAGGAACAUCGAGAGCUCUCUGGGAGUCGGCGAAGGGGAGGAGAAGGAGAAACGGAGGGGACGGAGGAGAGGCAACGACGAGGAAGAGGUCGACGAAGGCUUUGGGGCUGACGACGAGGCCUUCAAAGACUCGCCUAACCCAAGUGAGCACGGCCACUCGGACGGCCAGCGAACAAGCGGGAUCCGAACGAGCGAUGACUCGUCCGAGGAAGACCCCUACGCCAAUGACGGUGUGACGCCACCGAUGGCACCAACCGCCCUGCAGCACCAGCCGCUGCCUUUACCGCCGGUGCCCCCUGCCUGCCACAGCGCCUCAUCCAGCGGGGACUCUGCCUACUGCCACGCCCAGGCUUCAUCCGAGGCGCAGUCCGACGACCUGGUGGAGCUCAUACCGCCAGACGAGGAUUCGGACUACGACCAGGAUGACUACGACGAGGGCGCCAUCCUUUCCAGUGGCAGUGUGGCGUUCUCCAACCCUCGCAGCGGCCAGUGGUCUCCUGACUACCGCGGCUCCGUAGGAACCUACAACAGCUCAGGGGCUUACCGCUUCAGCUCGGACGGGGCUCAGUCAUCGUUCGAGGACAGCGAGGACGACUUUGACAGGUUCGACACCGAUGACGAGCUGUCGUAUCGGCGUGACUCCGUCUACAGCUGCGUCACGCUCCCGUACUUCCACAGCUUCCUCUUCAUCAAAGGCGGUCUGAUUAACACGUGGAAGCGGCGCUGGUGCGUUCUGAAAGACGAGACCUUCCUGUGGUUCCGGGCCAAGCAGGAGGCUCUGAAGCAGGGCUGGCUGCACAAGAAGGGAGGGGGCUCGUCGACGCUGUCCCGCCGUAACUGGAAGCGCCGCUGGUUCGUGCUGCGGCAGAGCAAGCUCAUGUACUUUGAGAAUGACGGCGAGGACAAGAUGAAGGGGGUGCUGGAUAUGCAUGAUGCAAAAGAAGUCAUUGAUAACACCGGUAAGGAGAAUGGAAUCGACAUUGUGAUGCCAGAGAGGACUUACCACCUGAUCGCUGAGUCGGCCGAGGAUGCCAGCCAGUGGUUCAGCGUGCUGAGUCAGGUCCACGGUUCGACAGAACAGGAGAUCAGAGAGAUGCACGAUGAGCAGGCCAACCCCCAGAAUGCCGUGGGCACGUUGGAUGUGGGGAUGAUCGAUUCAGUUUGUGCGUCAGAUAAUCCGGAGAGGCCGAACUCCUUCGUCAUGAUCACGGCGAACCGCGUGCUGCACUGCAACGCCGACACGCCCGAGGAGAUGCACCACUGGAUCACUCUGCUGCAGCGCUCCAAAGGAGACACGCGCGUCGAUGGGCAGGAGUUCAUCAUCAGAGGCUGGUUGCACAAAGAGAUUAAGAACAGUACCAAAGCCUCGCUGAAGCUGAAGAAGCGCUGGUUCCUGCUUACCCACAAUUCCCUGGACUACUAUAAGAGCUCCGAACGUAACGCCCUGAAGCUGGGAACGCUGGUGCUGAACAGUCUCUGCUCGGUGAUUCAGCCGGACGAAAAGGUCUUCAAAGACACUGGCUACUGGAACGUGAUCGUGUACGGCCGGAAACACUCGUACCGUCUCUACUGUAAGCUGCUGAAUGAGGCCACGCGUUGGGCCAACGCCAUCCAGAACGUCAUCGACACCAAAGCUCCCAUCGACACGCCGACCCAGCAGCUCAUCCAGGACAUCAGGGAGAACUGUCUGAACUCGGAGGUGGUGGAGCAGAUCUACAAGAGGAACCCCAUCCUCCGCUACAGCCACCACCUGCUGCACUCGCCGCUGCUGCCGCUGCCCUACGGAGACAUCCACCACACCGCUCUGAGAAGCAGAAGCUACACAACGCUGCAGGACGAAGCCCUCAAAGUGUUCAGCUCUCUGCAGCACCUGGAGGGCGUGGCCGACCCGGUGCCCAUCAUCCAGGGCAUCCUGCAGACGGGCCAGGAGCUCAAACAGCUGCGGGACGAGCUCUACUGCCAGCUGGUCAAGCAGACGACGCGGCCGCAGCAUCCCGGCAGCCCGGCGAACCUCUGCAGCUGGAAGAUCCUGGCCUGCAUGUCCUGCACCUUCAUCCCAACCAGGAGCAUCCUCAGAUACCUCAAGUUCCACCUUAAGAGGACUCGAGAGCUCUUCCCCGGCUCGGAGAUGGAUCGUUACGCCGCAUUUGCCCUCGACUCCCUUAAGAAGACUCGAGCCAGGGAGAACAUCCCGUCCCAGGAGGAGAUCCGCGCCAUCAUUGCCCAGCAGGACAUGAGCACCACCGUUCACUGCCACGGAGGAGGCUCCUGCAAGAUCACCAUCAACUCACACACAACAGCCGGAGAGGUGGUGGAGAAGCUGAUCCGAGGCCUGGCCAUGGAGGACAGCAGGAACAUGUUUGCUCUCUUUGAACAGAACGACACCACAGAGAAAGCCAUCGAGAGCCGCACAGUGGUGGCCGACGUGCUCGCCAAGUUUGAAAAGCUUUCAGCCAGCCAAGACGAAAACAACAUGGGCUGGAAGUUUUACUUCAAGCUCUACUGCUUCUUGGACACAGACAACGUUCCCAAAGACAGCGUGGAGUUUGCCUUCAUGUUUGAACAGGCCCAUGAAGCGGUCAUUCGCGGUCAGUAUCCGGGCCCUGAGGAGACGCUUCAGUUCCUGGCUGCCCUCAGACUUCAGUACCUCCAGGGAGAUCACAGCUCCCAGGCCACCGUCCCCGAGAUGUCCCAGGUGUUCCCCAUGGCGCGAUUGCGGGCCCGGGUGCAGAACUCUGCCAAGACGUUUGCUCCGGGCUCUGGCUCGGUGGCCGACCGCUCGGGGACUUCGGAGAGGAAACGCUCGAGUUUCCUGGAGGGAACGCUGAGGCGGAGCUUCAGGAGCGGCUCGCUGAGUCGGCAGAAGCUUGAGGAGGAGAACAGCCUGGAGGCGUGGAUGAGGGAGGAGGCGGCGGCCGUGAGAACCAGCGUGAUGGACAAGUGGAAGAAGCUGCAGGGGAUGAACCAGGAGCAGGCCAUGGUCAAAUACAUGGCUGUGGCGAAGGAGUGGCAGGGAUACGGAUCCACGCUGUUCAACGUGGAGUGUCGGGACGGAGCGUUCCCCUUCGAGCUGUGGUUGGGCGUGAGCCGGGAGGCCAUAUCGGUGUACAAACGAGGAGAGCCGUGGCCUCUGGAGGUUUUCCCGUAUGAACAGAUUCUCUCCUUCGGCGCUCCGCUGGCCAACGCCUACAAGAUCGCAGUUGAGGGCCGAGAGCUGGUCUUUGAAACGCAAAUGGUUAUGGACAUUGCCAAGCUGAUGAAGGCCUACAUCAGCAUGAUUGUCAAGAAGCGAUACAGCAACAGUCAGUCCAUCAGCAGCCACGGCAGCCAGUGUACCGCCUGGUGAACUCCGCCCUUUAACCUUUGACCUUAUGGCCUCUUACUGUGGUGCCGCAGAGCGUCAAACGUGGCCGCAGCAGCCCAUGGAUGGACGCCCAUCCUCGGCGCUCUGGGCGGAGCAGCUCUUACAUUUGACAUGUCAGACUGACUCUGUGAAUGUUGAAGACAAACCACAAUGCUCUUAAUGUUAAUUAGCUCAAAUGAUUUUUUUUGACUGGUUUUAUUCCAAAACAAUAAACAUCCACUUCUGAUAGCUCAGAACCUUAAAAGAAACAAAGUGAGCAACCAUUUCAUUUUUUAGAUGUAGUAUGAACCAUUUGAACUGUCUCUCAGGUCAAAGAGUGAAAAUGUAAAGUAAACCAACUACAAGACUAACACUGGCUAAUAAAGCAGCCUUGAAUUGAAUUGCCAAUUUGAAUCAAAUGUCUUUGGUUUCUCCGCUUUUUCAAACUCUCUCCAAUCAAACAAGCUACUUGAGUCAUGUAACUUUUACACUGACAACACCACAAGCCCUACUUUGUUUGUAAACUUAAAAUGCCUGGGUUAGGUUUGGGUUUGAGUUUAGAGUUAACCCUAACCCAAUUUCCCCCUGGGAUUAUUAAAGUAUUUCUGAUUCUGAUCCGAUCAAAGGGGAAAAAUAUAUACAUUUACCUCAAUGUCCUUAACAAGUAUAGUAACAUUUAAUUAAUUAAUUUGCCUCCUAAAGCCAAGAAGGGCUCAUGAACCUUGAAUCUAAGGUUAUAUGAACGGGACGACAUCUCAAAAUAUAAACGUUUCUACAAUGAAACAAUCUGUUAUCCCUUAACAAAUGCAUGUAGAGGAUGGUCUAACAUAACACAAUGUUGUGUUCAACAGCAAAACCCAGAGAUGUAUCUACAGUAAGUCCAAUAUCAAAAUAUAACCAUUAAAAUCAAGUGGCCCAUAGCAUCGGCAAGAACAAAUUAAAUAAAGGCUGUUAAUUUAGUAAUUUGACAAAACAAAAAUACGACAGGAACAAUUUAUCCAAAUGUUCCUCUGACAUCUAGUGAACUCCUGAUAUAGCCAAUGCAACAAAUGCUACUUUUCCACUGUUUUUAAGACCAAAGAAAACCAGCUGAAGGUUCAGCACAAACUUAUUUUUUCAUCAGUUCUCGUUUAGGUGGAGUGGAGUUUUCUACUGAAGUGGAGAUGUGUCUUGUUUUGGAAUAAAACUGUUAAUUUCUCCCUGAUGCUAAUGUGCUGUGGCAACACAAGGACUGUUGUUGCAGGAUGGGGCUAUUUGUUACUGAGGUUGUUGUUCGUGUGUCUGUGUGUGUGUGUGUGUGGGAGUUUUAAGAGGCGUGUGUCUAUGUGUCGGAAUGUAAAAAAACUAAGCAAAAGCAGAGAAGAUAAAGAAAAUAGUUAAAGACUUUUCCUCUGCUUUGAAGAACUCUGGGACUUGACCUAUACAGACUUUCUUCAGGAUGAUCUGUUCACUGUAAAUAGUAUGCAACUGUACUCGUCUUAAGCAUUUCAAGUUUGUAAUUGAUUGUUUUUGAAUGAUUUGCUGAUCAUUUCAAAGGUCACACGAGUUUAAACUAAAGCGGGAAGAACUCUACUCAAAUCAGAUUUUGCCUUAUCGAUGCCACUCUUGUUCCAGAUUCUGGAAGGUGCUCCCAUGUUCCCUUUACAUACUUUUACACUGCAGAAUCUGUCCAGCUACGCAAGUCAUUCAAGCUAAACUCCAAAUUCUGUUCUUGUAACAAAUCUGUUAGUUUGUUAAUAGCGAAGGCAUAUGUCAAAACUGUGUAAGCCCCCAAAUCUGCAGCGUUAACUCAUUGCAAUGUGCCAGUCAUCUGCCUCUCAGAUUGGACACUUUUCACUCCAGAAAAGCAGCAAUUUGAUGACAUUCACUCUCUAUAUCAACACACCCCAAUGCUGUAGCUUGACUGGUUCUUAGCCAAAUUUAAAGUGAUGAAUGUCAAAACUAAUAAUUUUAAGUUAGUUUAAUUGCAGAUGGGUUUUGAGAAUGGUUUCAGAUUGAACAUGGUUCCAAAUUUCUAAGAACUAAGGUUGUGCCUGGAGGAAAUCUUUACUGUAAGAUGAUAUGGAUUGGCCAAAAUCUAACUUCUCUGUCUGAUUAUUCAGUCCAUAAACAGUUUGUCAAUUAUUUAUCUAGAAAAUGUAUUAUAUUGCUAAAUAAAACUACAUGUCACCCACUCUUAAUAGUAACAAGGAACUUGUUAGAAAACAUUGUUUUCGAGCCACUAAACAACUGGUUGCUAUAGUUAUUAAAAAAUGCCUGCAAUCACCUACUUAAUGUACUUCAGUAUUAUAAAAAGUAAAAACCUGCAUACUAGGAUAUAAAUAAUAAUUCUUCUGUUUUGACCACAGAUGGUCCUUGUUUGCUAUUCUACGUAGUCUCGCUUUGCCAGAACCUUCUACAAAGUGCGCCGGAGGAGGGUCUGGCUACUCCACAUAUCAUUCGGGAUGGGAGGAAAACGUGCUGUAGACUUAUUCUACGUUACUGCUUUCCCGCACCUGUAAGCACUUAAAAAUGCACAAAAGCCUAAAAAUAUGACUAAAAGACAGAAAAGGUAAUUUUUGUCAAAACCUUCCAGAUGUAUAUAUGGCUUUUAAACAGUACGCAAUUACCCUUUAAGUAAGUCAAACUGCAAUGAUUGAAACAUUACUAGAUUAAAAUGCUGGCUUUCAUCAGAUUCCAGUUUGGAUGACUUGCUCAGUUGUACUUUUUGCAGUGUAACAUUCCUACAACAUUUCACUGGAGCUCCGCGGGCGGCAGAUCCCUCCAAAGAUGCGUGUGCAGGUUUCUUCCACAGUGCCUUGUUGUAUAUUGUGUACACUUAUUUUGUUUUCCAUGUGUGGUUUCUUUUUGGUAUAAUGUGCAAUGUUAUAUAAAUAUAUAUAUUAUAUAAUCACGCGGCUGUACAUUUUAUACUGUAAGUCUUUGCCUGAUGACCACAUGGAGAUUUUCUCAAGAUAAAAAUCUUGUUUUUUGUAUUUUUCUCUACGCAGCCAUCCAACUGACAGUGGAUUUGUGACACAAUACUGGUAUCUUGUUUCUUUUAAAUCUGUAUUAGCUGUGUUAUGUAUUGAAAGGAUGAUUCUAACAAUAAAUGAUUACACA